AUGAGUCGAUAAGUUUAUGUUGGGCGUUUGAGUUCGAGAAUCCGAAGAGAGCACCUUCAAUAAGAGUUUGAGAAGUUCGGUAAAAUCAAGGACAUUGAUUUACGAAACACUCACGCUUUUAUUGAGUAUGAAAAUGGAGAUGAUGCCAGAGCAGCCAUUUCAAAAAUGGACAACAAACGAUUGAAUGAAGGCAGUGAUCGUAUCACAGUCAAAUCAAGAGGUAGAAAAAAGAGAUGGAUGAAAUUGAAAAGAUGAUCGACCGUAAGGUGCAAGAGGACCCACAUCCAGAGACGUAUGUUUCAACUGCGGCCGCAAAGGACAUUGGGCAAACGAAUGCAAAGAAGGUAUGCACUUAUCCCAUUUCACCAGGGGACUUGCGAGACACCUGUUAUCGUUGCUAUAAAAAGGGUCACGUGCGCAAGGAUUGUACCAAAUCAAGAACGCCUUCGGAGAGAAGAAAGUACAAAAUACCUCAAUUCUAUUCUGUAGUCGUCGAGACAAAGACAGGAAGCGAAGAAGAUCCUCGUCCUCCUCGUCCAAGUCUUCUGAAUCCUCCAGAUCCAGGAGAAGAUAUAGAUAAUAGUAGAAGCAACAGAAGAAACCGAACAGAAGAUCACCUUCCUCCAGUGAGAGCAGAUCCAAACCCUCAAUAUCGUCACAAAGCUCCAGGUAUUUAAAACUUAUUAGUAUAAUUUAAGCAAACAACCAUGAUUUAAUGAG